GUUCCUGAGCGGUUAAGAACUGUUGAGAAGGAUUCUCCAAGCCGUGCCCCUCUUUCACCAUUCUGGAGACAGGGAUACCUGCUUGGUUUUAGCCGCCCUAAACUUAAAGGUCUUAGUGGCCAACCAGAACCAUGGACGCCUCAGCCAAAGGAAGCAAAAAAGAUGCCCCUGAUGGACCACCAAAAGACUCGAAGCUGCCUGUCAGUGAGGCCCUUCUGGACUAUCAUCGUGAAAUAAAGGAGAAUGCAGUGGAGCGAUUCAUGUUCCAGAUCAAGAAGCUGAGGGAAAAGAAUCAAAAGUACCAAGAGAGGAAUAGACGCUUGAAGGAGGAACAGAAUUGGCACAUAAAGAAUCUUAUAAAAGAACUGAAAGAGAAGAAUUUGGAUGAGGCACCAGUCGUAACAAGAGAGGAAGUGGAGGAGGCAAUGAAGGAAAAAUGGGAGUUUGAAAGAAACCAGGAGGCAAGCUUGAAAGAAAUGCGCGUACAAAUAAAUGAGGCCGAGAAGCUAUUUCUUGAAAAACUCAGUGAAAAGGAAUAUUGGGAAGAGUAUAAGAAUGUAGGGAGCGCUCAGCACGCUCAACUCAUUGUUUCCUUACAAAAUGACAUCGACACAGUUAAAGAAAAUGCAGAGAAAAUUUCAGAACAGUAUAAAGUCACCCUGGAAGAUGAAAAAAAGAGAAUAUCCAGAGAAACAAUGAUCCAACUGAAGCAGAGGAAAGAAUGGGCCACACAGCACGCUGUAAGGUUCAUUGACAAGAGCAACUAUCGAGAGAUCUGGGAAAAUGACUGGCUAAAAAAAGAAAUCACAAUUCACAAGAAGGAAGUUGAAGAACUGGAAACCUCUAUCCAUCUACUAGAAGAGGAAAAUUUGCUGCUUAUUGACCAGUUAAUUAACUGCAGACUUGUGGAUCUCAAAAUACCCAAGAAACUGUACAUUACUCAAGCAGCUGGGCUACAAGUGACACCCGAAGACGAAUCUUUAAAUUUGGCCGAAGCAGACACAGAGGAGAAUUUGCCCUCCAAAGAGGGGAGUGAAGACAUGUUGGACCUAUUACUGGGGAGCAACGAUGGCACUAGCAGCCCAGAGAUUCAGCCCAAGAAGACAGCAAGUAAAGACGGCUCCAACCCAGAGAUGGAGAGCUCCAUCACCCAGUACUUACUGCAUGAAGAUGAACAGGAUUUCAAGGAAUACGUAAACUUGGGCCCACUGGCAUUGAAGCUAAUGACUGUACAGGGCAAGAAAAUGCCCAUUCAUUUUCAAGAAAAGGAAAUUCCAGCUGAAGUUUAUGAAGACAUGCAGAGGAACCCUGAGAGCCAUAUCACACAUAAGCUGAUGAAGACAUUUAUUUAGGCCUGGGAGCCACACCUUUCUUUAUAAAUUCUUUGAGAAUU